AUGAAGAAAAUAUAUUUGAUUGAUUGUCCAGGGAUUGUCCCACCAUCUCUGAAAGAUACUGAAUCAGAUAUUUUAUUUAGAGGUGUCGUCAGAGUGGAACAUGUUUCAAAUCCUGAACAAUAUAUACCAGACUUACUUCAAAAAUGUGAGAGGAAGCAUUUAGAGAGAACCUAUGAAAUAAAAGGCUGGAGUAAAUUUGAAGAAGACCCAGAGUUGUUGGAAAGGGCAAGUUCCGAAUUUGUGGAAUUAAUUGCAAGGAAACACGGUAGAUUAUUAAAAGGUGGUGAACCAGACGAGAGUGGUGUAUCAAAACAGAUUUUGAAUGACUUUAACAGAGGUAAAAUACCCUGGUUUGUACCGCCACCAAGAGAUGAAGAGAACGAUAAAACUGCUAUAAAUAAGUCACAGGAUCAAGAUAGUAAGAAGAGGAGUUCGACAAGCUUGUCUGAGGACGAUCAAGCUGACAGUAAACGUCUCAAGAAAGAAGAAUGGGAAGGAUUUAAGGACUGA